GGUCCUGCGUUAGUUACGAACAUGGAGCUACGAGGAGUGGUGUUUUUAGUUCUGGUGGUAGGGGCGUUGGGUGGGGUGGUGCAAAACCCAGCCAGGGACCACGAGACGCAAGCACAUGAAGCAGAACCUGAGAAUCUGGACAACAAUAAGAUUUUCGUUGAGAAACCAGAAGACCAAGAAAUCAAGUCGCACGAUGCUAGGCAAAAGCGUCACCUAUCCAAGAUACUAGGAGGCGGUCUUUCCUUCGGCAUCGGGGGCGGUUUAGGUUUAGGCGGGGGACUCGGCUUUGGAGGAGGCUACGGAGGAGGAGGUUAUGGAGGCGGAAGUGGUUACGGAGGCGGAAGUAGCUACGGAGGCGGCAGCGGAUACGGAGGCGGCAGCGGAUACGGAGGCGGAAGUGGUUACGGAGGUGGAGGCGGUUACGGAGGCGGAAGUGGACAAGUUUACGAGGAGCCUACCAAAGUCGUGGUCGUGAAAGUUGUUAAAGAACAUGGUGGUUAUGAAGGAGGAGGAGGAGGUUACGGAGGAGGUUACGGAGGCGGUUACGGACAUGGUGGUGGAAACUACGAAGGAGGUUACAACAGCGGUUCCCAAGGACAUGGCGGACACGGACACAACGGUGGAAACGGCGGAGGAUAUGGGGGAGGUUUGGGUGGAGGUUUUGGAUUUGGGGGCGGAGGCGGAGGCGGAGGCGGCGGUGGUGGGGGCGGAGGCGGCGGGGGCGGAGGCGGCGGCGGAUACGGCAACAGUGGCCACGGAAACAAUGCCGUACACGAAGACUUUGGCAAUAGCGGCUACGGCAAUAACCAUAACAGCGGUGAAUAUGGCAACGGCGGAGGAUAUGGCAAUAGCAACGCAUACGCCAACAGCGACGCACACGCCAGCAGCUAUGGAAACAGCGGAGGGAAUGGUGGUAACGGAUGUGGAGUAUGUGGAGGAAAUGGAGGAAAUGGUGGGGGAAGCAGCCACGCCACAGCCUCGGCUUCAGCGAGUGCUUCUGCACACUCAGAAUCUUACGGGUACGGAAAGCGUUAAACAUCAACUUUGUGCGAAGUCAGACUAGACCUAAUUGAGAUUAGAACUAAGUAAUGCCAAAUAGGAGGGCUUUCAGCAAUUGAAAAUCUGCGUCUGCCUAUAGAAUUCAAGGGAAUUUUUAAAUUCAAUUUUAGAAUUACUUUUGGCACGUUGAUGCUAUAAUAAAAAGACUGAUGCUGGCUUGAUUAAUAAGGAGAUAGGAAAAAGACAAUUCUAAAUUUGAAUUUAAUGAUCCCUUGGACAUUUGAACGUGAUUUAAAAAUGUACAUUAGAAUUACUGCGAUUUAGGUAAAGCUUUUAAAAAGAGUGCCAUGAACGUAGUUGACAUUAUUUUAAUGAUAAUCAUAUUUUAAGUGAUGGAUGAGCAUUAAGUUAUUGGAUGUAUAAGUAAUAUGAAUCGUGAGCUACGAAUAAUAAAAACUAUCGAGAGUG